AUGACGGAGUCUGCCGUCAUUCACGCCCAAUCCGCCGUCCACAUGCGAUGCGCGCUGUCCACGGCCGUUCUGGCGACGUUGUUUCUCGGAUUGUUAGCCCUCGCUGGGCUGGCACAGCAUGACCAGCCCAGACGUUUGGGCGACCAAGGACUCCCGCGAUGUAGCAUGUCGGGGACGUCUUGCCACACCACGCAGUGCUGCGCACUGAUGCAUGAUCGCUGUUUUCAGCAGGCCGGUGAGGCCUCGUUCUGCCGCGCCAGCUGCGCCCCGCGGGAAGGCUGGAGCUGCCAUGAGCCCUUCGCCCAUCCCUUGGCCAAGGCGCGACAUACCGAAGACUGGCCUGACAUUAUGGCAGUGUGUUCGGCUGGCAUGGUGCUCGUCGAGAGAGACGCGUUUCAUGUGAAGUACAAUGCCACCUGUGACCAGUACUGCCAAAAGGGGGCUGGGCCAUCCGUUCGAACGAUGAUGUUUGGACUUCAUGGACGAGAAGGCUAUGGUCUUUAUCAAAGCUGCCCAGGCGACAAGACAGGCCAUCGAGGCAUGCUGUGUGAAUGCAGCAUGCUUGACCGCCUUUAG